UUAUAAGUAAUAAUGUAUAUAAUGACGUGGCAGAGAUAAAAAGCAUGGAUAAAUGUCUCUUAAAUGCACGUAGCAGCUGCAGCAACCGGAGGAGGACCCCACCUAGUGUUAAAUUCUCCUGCCGGAGCGUGGUCCCCACGCGACCACCGGAGUGUGAAGCGCGUGAGCUCCACAGCGUCGGGACAAAACUAAUGUCCUCUCGAAAAAGCAAAAAAAAAGAAAAAAAAAAAACCAGAGAUGGUGAGCUGUGUAAAAAGGACCCCACCACACCCAUGUGCUUCUCCUUCCUGUCUCCACCAGCUCCCUCCUUCUCAAUCAUUAGCUUCUCCUUCUCUUAGAGUAAUAAUAAGCCAAGUGAGAAAGAAACGCAAAACCCAGAUCGAAAACCAUGUCUAUUAACAAUAACAACAACAACGACGGAGUUAUGAUCUCAUCAAACGGAGCUUUAAUCGAACAACCAUCAUCAGUCGUUGUGAAGAAACCUCCGGCGAAAGAUCGACAUAGCAAAGUCGAUGGAAGAGGAAGAAGAAUCCGUAUGCCUAUUAUUUGUGCUGCUCGUGUUUUUCAGCUAACGAGAGAGCUUGGUCACAAAUCAGAUGGUCAAACGAUUGAAUGGUUACUUCGUCAAGCAGAGCCUUCGAUUAUAGCUGCAACAGGGACUGGUACAACUCCGGCGAGUUUCUCAACUGCUUCUGUCUCAAUCCGUGGCACCAGUUCAACUUCUUUAUCAUCUUCUUUAGAUCAUAAACCCACUUCUUUACUUGGUGGUUCGUCACCGUUUAUACUUGGGAAACGUGUGAGAGCUGAUGAGGAUAAUAAUAAUCAUAAUUCUGGUGGUAAAGAUGAGACCUUUACGACAACACCAGCUGGGUUUUGGGCUGUUCCGGCGAGGCCGGAUUUUGGACAAGUUUGGAGUUUUACAGGAGCUCCACAAGAGAUGUUUUUACAACAGCAUCAUCAACAACCAUUGUUUGUUCAUCAGCAACAACAACAACAAGCUGCAAUGGGUGAAGCUUCUGCUGCUAGAGUUGGGAACUAUCUUCCGGGUCAUCUUAAUUUGCUUGCUUCUUUAUCCGGUGGAUCUCCCGGGUCGGGUCGAAGAGAGGAAGAUCCACGUUAAAGUAAGCCCUUUUAGGUUUGAGGGCAAAUUUGGUAUAUAUAUUUAUUAUCUUCUCUUCUCUAUUGUUGUCAUUGUUUCUCUCUCUGUGUGUGUUUUAGUGUUGUUAGAGAUUGAUUUGGUUUCAAAAUCUCUGCAAGUGAUUUGAGAGUUUCGUUAGCUUGAAGUAAGUUAAGAACGGUUGUUUUUGAUUAGGGUUAAAUUAGGGUUUAAGAAUCUGGAUUUUGUUUUUUUGGAGGGAGAUUCGAUUUCUUAUCGGAUCCAAGAUUACUUUUAGGAAAAAGGGAAAAAUUCAGAAACCGCGGAGGUUUCUUUUUCACCUUUUUUUUGUGUCUGGUUUUUUUUUUUUCCCGGCGAAAGAGAGCCGUCGAUUAAAAUUUCAGAUACACUAUCAAAUAUUUUUAUAUGGUUUGUUGUUGCUAAUUUGUGUAAUGUGUUACAACAAUUGUGGUGAAGCAUUUGCGUAAGCUGUUAACCACGUUUGUUUUUAAUAAAUGUUUCGACUUAAUAUUGUU